CCCCAUCUGGAGACUUCUUGAGCCUUGGCCAUGGUAGAGUGCAGAACUGUUUGAUCCCUACCCAGACUGCAAUGCUGAGGUUCCGUGUCUUAUUGCACAGGAACGGUGGUUUAUGGUUAUCUUUGAGGCCUCUGUGAACCAUAAUUUGUCGACAAAACAAGGGAAAAACAACCCUUUUAUGUGGGAUUGAUUAUAUUGAUCGGUUUUUUGUUGUUUGGGUUAAUAUUGAGAAGCUCUGGGAAUGGCGGCUGAAGAAGAUAAAAAGGAUGAUCUUUACGCGGUUCUGGGGUUGAAGAAGGAAUGCACUGCUUCUGAGCUGAGAACUGCUUACAAGAAGCUUGCGCUGAAAUGGCACCCGGAUCGUUGUUCAGCUCUGGGAAACCCAAAGAGUGUAGAGGAGGCCAAGAAGAAAUUCCAGGCCAUUCAGCAGGCUUAUUCUGUGCUUGCGGACACAAAUAAAAGGUUCCUGUACGAUGUAGGAGUCUACGAUUGUGAUGAUGAUGACGAUGAAAAUGGAAUGGGUGAUUUUCUUAACGAAAUGGCUGCUAUGAUGAGCGACAAUAAGACCAACGAAAACCAGGGGGAGAGCUUCGAGGAACUACAGGAGCUGUUCGAGGAGAUGUUCCAAAGCGACAUAGACCCGUUUUCCUCUUCUUCUUCUCGAACUACCACACCUUCAACGUGCUCUUCCUCGUCCUCCGCAUCCUGCAGCGAGACCUAUUUCAACAUCUCAACCAAGAGAAGCUCCGAUGAAAUGAGCAAUCCCAGCAGAUUCAAGUCAGAGUGCAGCGAAUUCGACAGAUUUUGCAUGGGGGCAGGCGGCACAGCAACACGCCAAGAAGGGGAAAGGAGCUGGCGAAAGAACACAAGGAGGAACCACAAGAAGUAAUACGAGGAAUACCAAAAGUUCUAUUGUCCUAGACUUAUAAGCUAACUUGGAUUUUUAGCUGAAUGCAAGAAAAGCCCUUUUCUUAGGUUGUAAUAUCUAUGGGGAAUCCUUCAUGGUGCCAUGUUAUGUUUGUUUGUUUUUUUUUUGGGUUGUAACAUGUGAAUUUGUCUGAACUAUGAAUUCAUUUCAUUGGAAUCUGAUUUCUCUGUUGCCUUA